AUGAAGAACGCCCACUGCGAGGACGGAGGAGUACAACUUGAAGGCCCCCAAAUCGUGGAUACUCCGUCAUACGUAUACCUCGGACGUUCUAUGAACACGGAAAACGAUUUGAAGGAAGAACUGAAUAGAAGAAUAAGAGCAGCAUGGGCAGCAUUCGCAGCCGUCAGGGAAGCUACGGACCAAGAUCUUCGUGCCCAUCUGUUCGACUCGACAGUCCUUCCAGCGCUCUGUUACGCAGCGGAGACGUGGGCAGACACCGCGGCCACGUCUAGGAAGCUACUUACUACCCACAGAGCCCUUGAGAGAUGUCUCCUGAAGUUUAGCUGGCGCACACAACACCUUGCCGAUCUUCGUAGCUCCGACUUAAGAGGAAUGUCCCGUCUUCGCGACCCUGCGGAAUAUGUAUCAAAAGCAGAACAUGGAUGGGCCGGUCACAUCAUGAGAAGAGUCGCCGGUAGAUGGACUAAAAGAACGCUAGAGUGGAUCCCAAGUGACGCUAAACGCCACUGA